AAGGCCCCAGGUUGCCCAAGGCCUAGGCAACAGACUUGUCGUGUGAUCCUCAUGCGCCAAUGGACCAGCUGUCUCCCAGGCGACGCGAAGGGUCUGUGCUCCAGCGCCACAGCACCCCCGCCCCAAGUCCGCACUGCAGAGAGCUGUGGCGAGCGGCGCCGGCGCAUUGGACGACGUGCUGGGACCAGAGGGCCAGAAAGAGCAAAGGAGCUGGCAAGAGACCCUGGAAAAGAAUGAUUUUCGACCCCGCCUCCUCUCUGAGCAGUCUGGGAACCUCGCUGCGGGACUGAAUGAAGAAGCAGCUUGCCUUAGGAAGAGACUCUAGAGACCCGGAGGGGCUACAGAUCUCCUGGAAUUUGCCCCAGAUUUAUAUACAUCCUGCUUACCCCCCACAUUAGAAUCUCUUGAAGUUGGGGCCAUGCCGUUGAACCUGUUGCAGGACUGGUGUAGGGGGGAGCAUCUGAACAUCCAGAGGUCUAUGCUGAUCCUGGGGAUUCCGGAAGACUGUACUGAGGAUGAGUUCGAGGAGACUCUGCACGAAGCUCUCAAGCAUCUGGGAAGAUACAGAAUCAUCGGCAGGAUGUUUAGGAGGGAGGAAAAUGCCCAGGCUUUUCUGGUGGAACUCGCACGUGAUUUUGACUAUGCUUUAGUGCCCAGGGAAAUAGAAGGAAAGGGUGGGCCCUGGGAAGUGGUUGUGAAACCCCCUAAUUCAGAUGAUGAAUUUCUUAAUAGACUGAAUCACUUCUUAGAAGAGGAGAGGCGCACAGUGUCAGACAUGAACAGGGUCCUUGGGACACACUCUAAUUAUUCACCUACCAAAACGGCUAUAUCAGCAGAUUUCUGGGCCUGGGCUCAGACUCUAGGUGCAGUGAUGCAGCCUCUGUUAGAACAAAUGUUGUACCGAGAACUAAGGGUCUUUUCUGGCAACACCAUAUCAAUCCCAGGGUUAUUGGCCUUUGAUUCCUGGCUUGAGCACACCACUGAGAUGUUACAGAUGUGGCAGGUACCUGAGGUGGAAAAGAGGCGGAGGCUGAUGGAAUGCUUGAGAGGCCCUGCUCUACAAGUAGUCAAUGUGCUCCGUGCCAAUAAUGCUGCCAUUACAGUGAAGGAGUGUCUGGAGGCCCUGAGGCAGGUAUUUGGGUCUGUGGAAAACCGAAAAAUUGCCCAGCUGAAAUUUUGCAAGGCUUAUCAGGAACCAGGAGAGAAAGUUUCUAGCUUUGUGGUGCGUUUGGAGACCCUGCUCCAAAAAGCCCUCGAGAAAAAUGCAAUAUCUCGAAAGAAUGUGAAUCAGACCCGACUGAAACGAAUCUUAGGUGGGGCCAUCCUUUCUGCAAAACUUCGAGAAAAACUUAAGAUGCUGAAGCAGCGUAGAAGGCCACCUGGUUUCCUUGCCCUAGUGAAGCUUUUCCGUGAGGAAGAGGAAGAAUGGGAGGCCACUGGGGGUCCAGAGAGGAGUUGCUCUGAGGGGCUCGAGUUAGGCCCAAGUUCUGCUAACAUAGGCAGCAGGGAGAGGGCACUGUUUGUUCCAGACUUUGGCAGUGUUCUUGAGGCAAGGCCUUACCAGGGUUCCCGCCGCCGCCGGAGGAGGAGAGGCCAGCACCGAAGAGGAGGUGUGCCCAGGGAUGGUUCUCAAGGCACAAGAAAGCAGAAUUAUGACACAUUCUGCUAUAGUUGUGGGGAAGAUGGCCAUAUCAGAGUAAACUGUUUUAACCCUUCCAAUCGGACCUUAGUAAAGCAGAAGAGACAGGCUGCAAUGGAGAAGGGAAACAGGAGCUGGGCUUGGGAGAAGAGCCAUCCCAAGCCCAAGACCAAGUAGGCUCCAGGGAACAGGAUAACCUUUGUUCCCAUAAGCCAAGGAGAAAAAAGAGAUAUUUGAAGGAGGGAAAAGAACAGGUCAGAGAAAUCACAGGGGACCUUAGAAAGACACAGGGGCAAUGUAACCACGCAGAAGUCAAGUCCCCUAAGCCAGUACCAGUUGGAGAAAACCCUAUCAAGAAAAAGUACAUUGCAUUCAACUCAAUAAUGACCAGACACAAGGCCUCUAAGAUGAACCAGAGAAGGAAACCUCAAGGAACUGAUACAGAUGUGUGGGGCCACAAGAACUCAGAUGGGAACAUGAGCAAAGCAAAGGCAGAAGACAGUAAGGCCUUGAAUCAAAGAAAUCUAGCAACCUCAAGUCCAUUUGGGCCAUACAGGAGCCCGCCACGGGGUUGUCUUGGGCUGAGGACACCAGUGCCUGGGAGCAAGUACAGCUAGAGAGGGAGGGAGUACCCAGGAGAGGAGGCCGCAGGAUCCAGCCUGUCUUCAGGAUCAUCUACACUGCUCUAGGGGAGCCCCAUGAGGGCAGCACCCUUGAGUCCUUCCGUGAGUGAA